AUCAAACCAUUGAUUAUCAUCAGUUCUUCCACGUUCGUCUUCAGUGCAGUGAAAAAAAAAUGGCAGUGUUGAAAAAUACGUGUGUGUUUGUGCUUUUGGCUGUCACAAUCGCAAGCGUCACAGCCAACGAGGAUACUUUUGAAAAUGCUGGUGUACGUGUGGCUCUCAAGCUCUAUGAGGACUGUACCAAAUCCGAUGGGUUCUCUCCUUGUUUGAAGAAGAAGGCUUUGACAUUCUUGGACCGAUUGGGACGUAUGCAGAAGCUCAGUUUGGCUGAUGGAGUUACUGUGACUCGUGUACAAAACGACACCUUGGAACCACCAAUCAGUGAAGAACAGCUGGAGAAAUCCUUGCCAAGAGGUGCUGACGCUCAAGACCAAAUACUCAACUCCAUGCUCCUGGACAAGGUAUCCAGAGUAUUGAGCUCCAGGUCCGUACAAGUCACUCUGCCCAAAUUCACAGCGUCAGACUUCACAUUGGAAGAAGGACGUGGCAAGAAGAUGAAGGGAAUGAUGGGAGGUAUGAUGAUGGGAAUUGUCGCCAAAAUGGCUGCUUUGAUCCCUGUGGCCAUCGCUGGUCUGUUCUUGCUCGCUGGAAAGGCUUUGAUCACCGCUAAGAUCGCCUUGUUGCUCUCUGGUAUCAUCGCCCUCAAGAAACUCGUAGCUGCCAAACAAGGAGGUGGUGGAGGACAUGGACACAGCGGUGGACACUCCGGUGGAUGGCAAUCAAGCGGAGGUGGAUGGGACAAGAGAUCCAUCGACGAUGUCAACGAAUCCCAAAAAUACGCAUACAACGCUUAUGCGCCCAAAUGAAUUGAACUUGAUUAGACGGUUUUAUUGAAUUUAACAAUGGGAUCUAGAAUCCCAUUGACAGUUGUACAAAUAUCGACCGAUUUUUUGGUCAUUCACAAUCUUAUUCUUACCAGAUUCUCUUUCAGUCCAGCACUCCGUUGAUUAUUUAUUUAAUUUAUGUAUUUAUUUUUCGAUUAUUUAUGAAAAUGUCUAUCUCUUGUUCAAUCGAAAAUCUACGAAUCUUUGUUGCAUUAAAAGAAUAAAAGUUGUUUUCCUA